AUGCGAUCCCCUGCUGAUCAGAAUCAUGUGGCAGUUCAUUCUGGCAAAAGGCACUUAAGAGUGCAGCUGAAGGUUCGAAAGAGCAGCCAGUGGUGGCCGAGUACGAAUUGUGCCUCUCUGAUCCCAGCCAAUAAAGCUCAUACACUCUUCUUCUCGAUCAGAACCCACGGGAUUGUGGAAUGGUAUUUAAUAAAGAGGGAAGGACAAACCGUCAGGCUCGUCAUCGUGCCUGAUCAGGCUGCGAUGUUCAAAACACCGGAAAACGACGCCGGCGGGUACUCCUUUGCCUGUUCGAACACGAGCGAACUCACUGGCUUUUUAUCUUCUCGAAACCGGGCGAAUCCAGUUGCUGACGUCGUGGACUCUCACAACCUUCUCCGAGGCUUGUGUACUGUUUUUCACACGACGUGGGGAAGAGCCAUUAAACAUAAUUCAAAAAGCGGGCCCGAGCACCUCCACUGCCCACGUGAAAAUUCUACACAGGAGGACAUUACAAAUUCAACGGAGCCUUUUCCCAGGACCACCGAAGUGAAAAUUGAGCAGAGCGCAAGUAACGGAAGAGUUGCGCCUUUAACCAACCGCGCUUCUUCUCGAUCAGAACAGUUUUUGCACUAG